AUGAAGUGUUCAAAGAUGCAGGACUUUUGUGUUUGCGACGAAGACGAUAUUUGCUGGAAGUUGAUAAAUGCUUAUUCUCUAAUUGUGAUUAAUUCUUUCUGCGAUCCAACAUGUCAUAUGUAUGCACGAUUAACUAACUCUGCACCGUUUAACCAAACCUUCGAAAGCGAAUGUGGAAGAAGAAUUACACUGGAUGAUGAAUUGACUCCAAUUCCAAAUACAAAAUUUCAUACAUUCAAACCAAUGGGAAGCUCAGCCGACUAUUACAUCAAGGCUGCGAGUAUUCGAUGUCUUCAGGCAGGCGAGACUUGCACUCCAAUCAAAUGUUCGGGGACGAGAAAGCCCUCUCCCUGUGGGGCGCCUGAUAAGUAA